GUUUCUGGAGAGAGAGAGAGAGAGAGUGAGAGAGAGUUUCGGCAAGGAGGAAGCUUUCCCGACUCGGUAGGCGUUGUCGAAGUGCGUCGGAGGGGAUUAGGGUUUGGUGCGGUGAUUUUCGUUCCCGGGGUGGGGGGACCUCUGCCUGAUUCCGAUGGCCGAUCACGAGGAGGCGAAGGGCGGCGAGUCGCUGCUGGACAAGAUCUCCGAGAAGAUCCGCGGCGGCGGCGGCGGUUCGUCCUCGCCGUCCGAUUCCGACGACGACAAGCCGUUGGAGGCGGCGAAGGCCCAGGGCAAGGCGCCGCCGUCGCCGCCGCCGCCCAAGGUCUUCCGCCUCUUCGGGAGGGAGCAGCCCGUGCACAAGGUCCUCGGCGGUGGCAAGCCGGCUGACGUGUUCCUAUGGAGGAACAAGAAGGUAUCAGCUGGCGCGCUGGGUGUUGCGACUGUGAUAUGGGCUCUGUUCGAGUUGGCGGAAUACCACCUGCUAACUUUGGUUUCCCACUGCUUGAUUCUCGCUCUGGCGGUCCUGUUCUUGUGGUCUAAUGCGCACACAUUUAUCCACAAGACCCCACCGCGCAUACCUGAAGUGUCUAUUCCAGAGGAGCCAGUCUUACAAUUUGCAUCUGUACUGAGACUUGAGAUAAACCGGGCGUUCUCUGUAUUGAGGGAUAUUGCAUCUGGAAAAGAUCUUAAGAAGUUCUUAUUAGUGAUUGCGGGCUUGUGGCUAUUGUCAAUCGUGGGCAAGUGGUGCAACUUCUUAACCUUGUUCUACAUAGUCUUUGUAUUGCUGCACACUGUGCCUGUGCUGUACGAGAAGCAUGAGGACAAGGUCGAUCCAUUUGCGGAGAGGGCAAUGGGUGAACUCAAGAAGCAGUAUGCUGUCUUCGACACCAAGGUCUUGAGUAAGAUCCCAAGGGGGCCGUUGAAGGAUAAGAACAAGGUGGCUUGAAUCUGGCUGGCCCAUGUCUUUUAAUGAAAGAAUUUGGUAGCUUUGGUGUUCUGUCCAUGCUCUGUGAAAUUUAUAUUUAUUGUCUAGAACCCAGUCUUCAUCUUUUGUUUCUCCGAGUCUUUGGGUUCACCUGAAAUGGCACUAUUUACACUAGGUUAUGCUGCUGCUUAUGGGUUUAUAAGCUUUAGGGGUCAUAUGGUCAAUGCAUUGUACAUCGGUUGAAUUUACUUUUAUGGAGAAAUAGUCGUUAGUUUGGCUUA